AUGAGAGAUGUUUUAGGAAUUACAAAAACAACAGACAUACUCGAGCACAUUGAUACUCUGCCGAAAUCAGAACAAUGGACUGCCCUUGAGUCUAUCCGCAAUAUUGAGCGCGAAGCCAUGAAGGCCCAGACCCCUCAACCAGGUCUGAUGACUCUAAUGGCGUACCUCGACGCCAAUGCCAUCCCCAAGGCGAUAUGCACCCGCAACUUUGAUGUCCCUGUUCAGAACCUUGUGGACAAGUUUCUUGAAGGCUCUCGCUUUCAUCCCAUCGUGACACGAGACUUCCGCCCACCCAAACCUGAUCCUGCCGGUAUCCUGCACAUCGCUAAGAACUGGGGCUUACACGGCGAAUCUGGCGAGGGCGACGCCAGUGGUCUUAUCAUGGUGGGCGACUCCAUCGACGACAUGACCGCAGGCAGAAAGGCUGGCGCAGCUACUGUAUUGCUCGUGAAUGACGUAAAUCGAGCAUUGGCUGAACAUGCCCAUACUGACCUGGUCAUUUCUACGCUGGAUGAGCUCGUUGAUAUCCUUGAACGAGGCUUCGUAGGAAGAGACGUCCCGGAAUAG